UCUGGUUUCAGGACAAUGACCAGACUCUGCUUCCUUUUGUUUCUCUCUGUGGCCACCAAAAGAUGCAGUGCAGUGACCCAUUCUCCUGAGAUGUCCUGGGAGGGCAAAGCCUGUGCCUCUUUCUUUUCUUCCUUGCCUAGAAGCUGCAAGGAAAUCAGAGAAACUUGCCAGAGAGCAAGAGAUGGCCUGUAUUUUCUCCGGGCCAAGAAUGGUGCUGUCUACCAGACCUUCUGUGACAUGACCUCCGCGGGUGGCGGCUGGACCCUGGUGGCCAGUGUGCACGAGAACAACAUGCGUGGGAAGUGCACAGUGGGUGAUCGGUGGUCCAGUCAGCAGGGCAACAGAGCAGACUACCCGGAGGGGGAUGGCAACUGGGCCAAUUACAACACCUUUGGGUCUGCAGAGGCGGCCACCAGCGAUGACUAUAAGAACCCUGGAUACUAUGACAUCCAGGCCCAGCACCUGGGCAUCUGGCAUGUGCCCAACAACAGCCCCAUGCAGAAUUGGCGGAACGGCUCUCUGCUGAGGUACCGCACCACAACUGGCUUCUUCCAGCAUUUUGGACAUAAUCUGUUUGGCCUCUACCAGACAUACCCAGUGAAAUAUGGAUUAGGGAAAUGUUGGACUGACAAUGGCCCGGCAAUACCUGUGGUCUAUGACUUUGGUGAUGCUCAGAAAACCGCAUCUUACUACUCACCUACUGGUCGAAAGGAAUUUGUUGUGGGAUUUGUCCAGUUCAGAGUGUUUAAUAAUGAGAGAGCAGCCAACGCUCUGUGUGCUGGGGUGAGAGUUACUGGCUGCAACACCGAGCACCAUUGCAUAGGAGGAGGAGGAUUCUUCCCAGAGGAAAGUCCCAAGCAGUGUGGGGAUUUCUCCUCCUUUGACUGGAAUGGAUAUGGAGCUCACAUUGACUUCAGCAGCAGCGAGGAGAUAACUGAGGCAGCUGUACUCUUGUUCUACAGAUGA